AUGAGAUUUUUUGUUCCUUUCUUCGUUUUUCAUGAAGAAGUGUCUCCCACUCUUCAGCUUUUCCGGCAAAUUGAUCUUGAUAAAGACGGUCUUAUUUCCAAAGAUGAUGUUAAAGUUUUUCUUAGACAAUUCGACUUGAAACUGACGAAAAAUAAUUUAGAUGUCUUGGCUGAGAGUUUUCUAGAGCGCUGUGGUGUUGAACCUGAUGGUCAUGUUAAUUCCAAACAAUUCGCUCACUAUGUCCAUGAACAGGAUCGACAUCUCUCUCCCAUCUAUGCCCAAAUGGAUCGGAAUAUGCAGGGCAAAGUUGAUCUUUUGGAUGUACAAGCCUACUUUAUUAAACUUGGCAUUCCGAUCGAACCAUCCGAAGCCAAGCGUCUCUUGCGUCGCAUCGACAAAAACAACAACGACUGUAUCGAGUAUGAAGAGUGGCGAAAGUUUCUCCUGUUUCUCCCAAUCAGCGAUCUUGCAAGUGUUACCCAAUUUUGGCGCCACGGCGCGAUUCUCGAUUUAUCAGUGGAUCCAGUGGUUGCGAUUCCGCAGUUUAUGAAGCAUGACCACGAUUUAAAGCGUGAUAUCCUGCAGCUAGUUGCCGGUGGUACAGCUGGUGUUGUGUCCCGCACUUGUACCGCUCCUGUAGAUCGUCUGAAAGUCAUGCGCCAGGUACACGGCUACAAGCACAAGCAAAGUGGAUUUAUUGAAGCGUAUCGAUAUAUGCUACGAGAAGGUGGUUUGUGGUCCCUGUGGCGCGGAAACCUCAUCAAUUCUAUUAAAAUCGCCCCUGAAACCGCAAUCAAAUAUACCACUUAUGAAUGGUACAAACGUUUCCUCAUGGACAUGGAUGAAGACGGUUUUUUCGAUCGGCAUCCUGUCAUUACGAAAUUCGCCUCCGGCUCAUUAGCAGGUCUUACUGCUCAGUCUGCCGUCUAUCCCGUGGAAGUUCUCAAGACUCGGAUGUGCCUUCGAAAAACGGGACAGUACUCCUCCAUAGCAGACUGUGCUGCUCAUAUCUACAGGGAGUUGGGCCUUCGUGGCUUCUUCCGCGGCUAUGUGGUUAAUUUGGUUGGAAUCAUCCCCUACGCCGGCAUUGAACUGGCUACUUAUGAGUGGUUGAAAUCGGCCUACAUUCAUCGCUACAUGAGUCAUAUCCUACGGCUAUCACCUCGCGUCUUUCCCGAUUCUAGCAGCGCCAACCUCUACAUCCACCCCCCUUCGCACAUAAUCCCACUUGUUGCCGCCACCUCCUCGAUGGUUGGGAUAGUGGCCACCUAUCCAGUGGCUUUGAUCCGAGCCAAAAUGCAGGCGGCUUUCUACUACAGUUCCAAACCGUCGAAUUCUCAGCGUACAGGCGUGGUCACCCAACGCCCUGUCACUGUGCCCUCUCUGUUGCGAGCAAUUUGGCAGGACGAUGGACUGAUUGGUUUAUACCGAGGACUGGGAACAAAUCUUGUCAAAGUGUUGCCUGCCACGGCUAUCUCUAUGCUAACCUAUGAGACUAUUCGUCGGGAAGUAAAUUUAGGUCCUAUGGGUUCUGGGUGA